AUCCUAAUUUCAUAAUUAAACAAAGAAGAGGACACAAAUUAUUAUAAUUCAAUACAAAUGAAUUACUUCAUUACGAUUAACAGAUAUCUUACUAAAAUGAUAUAAAGAUCAAAACUUGUCAUUAUAUAUGGUGACCUGUCGCUGUUAAACUCUCAUGUUAAUACUUUGUUCGACUGAUUUGAACAGAAAAAUAAUGGUUGUUCUCAUGACGAUGCCCUAAAUAUAAACACGAUAUACAUGAAAAGCCAACUUUUAUUAGACCAUAUGGUAACAUCAUGCUACUAUUGAUAUUUAUCUGUAUCAGUUAAAAUGAAUUCAGAACUACAACCAAUUAUCAUGAAUUCUCAUUUAGAUUCCAAUUAUGCAACUGGCACACCUACUAACUUAUCAUCAACCAAUCAAGCUGAAAUCAGUUUCGGCUCAAACAAUAACUCUAAUUCAUACAUAGCAUUACUAAGGAAUUCCUCAUUUAUUAAUAAAAGUUUAAGUCUUGUUGAAAAAUUUAAAAUGGGAUCAAUGUUGUCUGAACUGAAUACAACAAAUAAAUCCAUGGGAAGCGAAGAACAUGGACGAAAAUUUCAACAACCAUCACAAGAGCAAGAACAAAUCACUAAACCCUCAAUACUUUCACGGAGUGUUGAUUUACAGACAGGAAUACAGGAUAUUUCAUUUGCCGAUAAUUCAACUUCAAAACAAGCUGAUUCUUCAUUAAAACAUGAAAAUAAUAUGAAGAAUAAGAAAUUAUUUCCUUCAAAUGAAUCAAUCAAAGAUGUGGAGAUAACACGAUCAGUAGUUAAAAAACGUUCACCAUCAAAAACAAUUCACAAACUACAUUCAGGUGAUAAAAUAAACUCAAUGUCUCAUUCAAAAACUGUUCAUGGUUAUAGAGACAUAGCAUAUAUUAGCCUUGAAGCUGCACCGAAAUCAAAUAUUUUGUCGACGUCUAUAAAUGACUCAUCACCAAGGAAUAUAAAAACAUCAAGUAGGAGUAGGUCAGGGAUUACUAAUUUCAGUCAUUGUCAAUAUGAUAACUAUCCAAUACUCAGUGAUAAUGACCACCAGUUUGGACGAGUUCAUAAUGAUCUUAUGGAAAGCAGUAGACCACGUCAAUACGGUACUUCAAAUGACUGUAUUGAUUUUAAAAUACCUACUGUAAGAAAUGUUGCUUUAGCUACUCCUUCUAACGAAACAUAUCAUAGUCAGCAGAACACUCCAUAUUCUAAAUGUUGGAAUAAUGCCGUUGAACUUAAUAACUUAUCAAGAUCUUGUAAUUCUGUAUUAUAUCAUUCACCAAGACAAGGAAACUCUUGUAAGGUAACAGAUACAGAAAGGAGUAACAAAUUACUUGAUGAGUUACACAGAUUAUAUAUUCAGCUGAAAGAAGCAGAGAAUGAAAUUUCUGAACGAGACUCUUAUAUACGUUACUUGCAGAGUAUCAUAUUCAGGCGUGAUCACCUGAUUCAACAGCUUAUAAAACAAGUUCCUGAAUCAUAUAUUCCGGAAGAAUACUAUGAAUCUAUCAAUGAGUUGGAAGGACAUACAAAAACUGUUCAUACUGAAUGUCAAAAAUCAAAACAAUUACAAAUGUAUCAUAAAGCUGUAAAACAUUAUGAUAAAUCAAAUGUACCCAGUAUUAAUGUAUCAAGAUGGGAUUCAGGACAGUUAUCCCGUUAUAAAUAUAACAGAAAUUCAUAUCUUAAAACUAAUGCUUCUGGAUUUGUUGAACAGCAUGAAAAUUAUUCUAGAGAAAAUAAUAAAACAAAUGACGUGAAAAUAAUAACACCUACUCCGGUUAAUACUACUAACAACAGUCCAAUUAUAAGUAGCAAUUCUCAUAAUAAAUGUGAUUUACCGUUUAGUAAAUUACAGUAUUCUAAAUCAGGUACACUUAUUAAUUUGAAUAAUACCAGUGAAUAUAAUGUUGGAAAUGUUAUUAACAGUAAUGCAACAGAUGGAAUAGAAACAAAUGAUAACAAGACACCAGGGAUUGGAAUGAAUUUACAAAUUAUAUCUAAAUCACGUGUUAAACGUAAUGCUAUAUCUGGUGAAUCAGAAAAAUAUCUUCCACCUCCAGCAAGUCAUUUGUCAAAUUGGCCUAAAAUUGAGAAACCAGCACAUACAAAGGCGUUAAUUACUCAAGCUAUUCUGAACAAUGACUUUAUGAAACAUUUAGAUAAAAGGCAAAUAUCUAAAAUUGUUGAUUCAAUGUGUCCUUUGGGCUGUGCUAGAUUAUCAUGGAUUAUACAAGAAGGUGAAAUUGGUUCGGUUGUUUAUGUUUUAGAAGAUGGUUACGUUGAAGUACAAAAAGCUGGUGAACGUUUGCGUGAAAUGGGUCCAGGUACAGUUUUUGGAGAAUUGGCUAUUCUGUAUAACUGUACAAGAACAGCUAGUGUAAGAGCAAUAACCGAUUGUAAAUUAUGGGCAAUAGAUCGUCCAUGUUUUCAAUCAAUUAUGAUGUUUACAGGGAUACAAAAACAAACAGAAUAUGUGAAAUUCUUGAAAAGUGUCCCAACAUUUAAGGAUUUAAAUUUAGAAGUUCUUGGUAAAGUUGCUGUUGUACUUGGAUCAGAACAUUAUGAACCUGAUGAAUAUGUCAUUAGAGAAGGAGAACGUGGAAACACAUUUUACAUUAUAACAGGGGGAAAAGUGAAAGUGACAAAAAACCGUGGCAAUGAAUGCAAUGAACAAUUUAUUCGUUAUAUGACACGUGGUGAUUGGUUUGGAGAAAAAGCUUUAACUGACGAAGAUGUUCGUACCGCAAAUAUAAUCGCAAUGCCACCACGUGGUGUAGAUUGUCUAAUGCUGGACAGAGAUUCAUAUAAUGUACUCAUUAAGGAUUUAGUCAGCUUUGAACGAAGCUAUCCAGAUGAAAAACCUACUAUUAGUCAAAGAGAAAAGCAAUUUUCUGACAUCAAACUUACCGACUUCACUGUUGUAUCAACAAUUGGAAUCGGUGGAUUUGGUCGUGUACAACUGGUUUAUUUAAAUAAAGAUAAACGACAGUGUUUUGCAUUGAAAAAAUUAAAGAAACAUUAUAUUGUAGAGACGAAACAACAAGAACAUGUUAUAAAUGAAAAAAAUAUUUUAAUGGAAACAAAUCAUGAAUUUAUUGUGAAAUUAUACCGAACUUAUAAAGAUCAACGUUAUUUGUACAUUUUAUUAGAAGUUUGUCUAGGUGGUGAACUGUGGACACUGUUACGUAAUUCUACAGCUUUUGAUGAUUCGACAGCAAGAUUUUAUUCAGCAUGUGUAGUUGAAGCAUUAAAUUAUUUGCAUAGAAGAGGAAUUGUUUAUCGUGAUUUAAAACCGGAAAAUUUACUGUUAGACAGUCAAGGUUUCUGCAAAAUGGUAAGUUCGCAUGAUCAGUGUUUUCUAAUUUUCGCUACCAGGUGUUCCAUAUAACUGAAAUGACUAUUAUAGCCGUAAUCAUAACAUCUCGACAGUGUAACUAGGAUGCUUUUACUUUUAAGUUAUUACAUCAUCUUACUAGUUGCCUUACAUUUGGCUAUUUUGGUUAGAACAUUUCUCAGCAUUUAAUGAUCUGGUUUGGAUUGAUUAUUUUGAUAGUACAAAUUAUUGAUGUUUUUCAUGCAAAAUACCGUCUAGCGUCAAAUUACUCGGUAUAGGCAAGAUAACAUGGUUCACUUCACUCUGUACCGAGCUGCAUAUCAAGAUGUUCACUUGUUUGCAUUUACGAUGUAAAUUCUAGUGUACCCGAGUGAUUUGUUUUGUGCAUAUAUUUGUUACAUUUCAAUUGAAGAUCAAAGUCAAGGUAUAUAUAUCUUUGAAGAGAUUCCUAGGUUGACAUGUAUUAAAAGAACAUUGGUAAUACAUCCAAUAACCUGGAUACUAAGUCAUUAAAUAUCAUAAAAUGUUAUGUAGUGGUAUUCAGCGAGAUAAAUAGUAGGAUGGUUCAGUCCAACUAAUCAACGAUCUAUUUGAUAGAAAUUAUUAGAGAAUAAAUAACUGCAUCAAAAUAAAGGCAAUGAUAUAAUGAUCGUACCAAGGAACAAAAAUGCUAAACGAGUGUAAACGAUAUUAACUGAGAUGAUAACUGAAUUUUAUCUUAGUCAUUUCACAUUAUUAUUGAUGUUACAAAUUUUGAUUUCAAACAUAUUUCUAAAUUUCAAAUGAAGAAUAUAGUGUCCCAUGAAUUCUGUUUUAUAGAAAGCUAGAUCCACGAUCUUUUUAUUGAUAUUUGUACGAAAUAAAAUUAUUAACACAAUGAGGAUUACGUUACUGAUACUCUCUUAAUAAACAAUAAAAUGUUAGCGACUAAAGUCCCAGGCUCAGUUAGUAAUAAUUGACAUAGAACCAUUGCAUUAACAAGAAAUAUUUUGAAAAUAUACUUUCUGUAAGCUCUAGAUGUUUAGCCUUUCAUCUCAUAUAGCGUUAAACACUGGCAAUGAAAUACUCAUUCGAUGCUUUCUUAUGUUUGUUAGUUAUCUAUAUGUUAUGAAUUUGUUAUCACUGUAAUCCACUAAAGUAGAUAUGCCAAAAAUUAAAGACCAAAUAAUAAUAAUAGUUGAACUCACGAGUCGAUUUAUGCUAGACCACCAUCGAAAACCUGGAAGCGCUAGACGGCGGUUUAUUUGUAGUAUGGAACUCCUUAACAGUACACAACCAUAACCCUACAGGCUCGACUUGACCUUCGGUCUCGCGUGCAAACGCUUAACCUUUAGACCUUUGAGCCAACAUCCAACGGUGUUAAUGUCUAACUUCAAUCGAUCCAUAAUCUUGCACAAGCCUUCAUUCAUUGUCUGAAGUAGAUAACAUUUUCACAUCCGACACGGAUUGGACUCCAUUAGUCAGAGAUUCCCAUUAGAACUCCAGGAAACCCAUCUUAAAGAACACUUCUGAAGAGUCUCAUACUAGGACAAAACGAUCGUCUAAUGCUUCCAGAUUUUUAGUGGUAGUCUAGCUUAAAUCAACUCAAGAAUUGAACUGUAAAAAUACUACAAUCUCCAUAAAUCCCCAUACUGACAAAAAUUGGUUAUGUAUGAAAUUAUUUACAUUCUGACUCAAAAGUAUUUCGUAUUAUUUAAUUUAUACAAAGUAGGUUAUUAUCCUGUGAUUUAUGUCAUUUUUCCGGCCUCUAAAAUAGUCAACUUAAAGGAUGAAUGAAGUAACUGUUUAUCAAUUUUGAUUAGUAUCUCAGUAAUGUUAAACACCUAUUAGACUAUUGUUAUUAAUUACAGAAAAAAAAAGAAAAAGAAAGCAGUUUCAUCUUCUUGAACAUAGUUCCAUAUUACUAUUCAAAUUAUGAUUACUUAGACAAGUAUUUAAACAUGCCAGAAUCUAGUUUGCUUGACCUGACCCAAAAUCAAAAAUAGAUUCAAC